UGAGAGAGUGCUACAAUGGCAGGGAUUGUGAAACCGCCCGGCGCGUUCGCAAUCACGCCGCACAAAGUCUCGGUCUGCAUACUUCUUCAGAUCUACGUUCCGUCGUCGCAAAUGUCGGUGCCGUUCCCGUUCUCCUCCGUUGCUCAGCACAACCGCCUGGGCUUGUUCCUCUUGGCCCUGACCAAGUCAUGCGAUGAUAUUUUUGAGCCGAAACUGGAUGAACUCAUAUGUCAAUUGAGGGAAGUUUGCGGCUCAUCAAAUCUUUGGUUUAUUGAUCAUCUAACGAGUAGGCUAUCGGCUCUGUCAUUGGCUGAUGAUUUGUUUAACUUCUUCACUGAUGUGCGAGGGAUCCUUGGGGGCUCCGAAGCUGGUGUUCUGGAAGAUGAUCAAUUUAUUUUGGAGCCAAGUAGCAACCUGGGGAUGUUUCUGCGUCGCUGUAUACUUGCCUUCAAUCUGUUAUCUUUUGAGGGUGUAUGCCAUCUUUUGACCAAUACAGGGAUAUACUAUAAGGAAGCCCUCUCAAGUUGUCCUUCUUAUGAGGCAACUUGUGUAGAAGAUUCCAGUAUCAAUUCAGAGGCAUUUCUAGAAUAUGAAAACAUGGACCUGGAGAAUUUUGUUUUUGAAAAAGUGACUGAAGAAAUUGAAGCAAGAAAAUGGGCCAGUGAAAGAGUUCCUUUUCAUCUUCAUGCGCCAAAAGCACUUUUUGGGUUGGUUGAAGAUAUUGAGGUUGCUUCUGACCCAAGAUCCAAACACAGUGACAAAGGCAGGGAGGUUUCUCCCUAUAUGCAUCCUCCAAAAGAUGCAUCAAGAGAUUUUGAGCCCAAUAGUGGGAUAUUCCUACGAACAAACUGGCAGAUACAAGGAUACUUGCAAGAGCAGGCUGACGCAAUUGAAAAGAGUGGAAGCUCUUUCUCUUUAAAUGCUUUUGAACUUAUUUUAAGGCGGCUCCAUAAAUUAGCACCUGAGCUACAUCGUGUUCACUUCUUGCGUUACUUGAAUAACCUUUAUCAUGAUGAUUAUCUUGCUGCUUUGGAGAAUCUUCACCGCUAUUUUGAUUACAGUGCAGGGACAGAAGGAAUUGACUUCGUUCCCCCUGCAUCUAGUUGGAAUGAUUUUGGCAGAUACGAAAUUGCUUUAUUAUUUCUUGGGGUGAUGCAUUUCCAGUUUGGGCAUCCAAAGCAAGCUUUGGAGGUUUUAACUGAAGCAGUUCGUGUUUCUCAACAGCAAAGUAAUGAUACUAGUCUUGCAUACACUUUAGCAGCUAUCUGUAACUUGUUGUCUGAAGUUGGUGUCUCAAGUACAGCUGGGAUACUGGGAUCAUCAAUCUCACCCUUGACCUGUAUAGGCAUUUCACUGUCUGCUCAGCAACAAUUGUUCGUCCUCCUGAGAGGGUCUCUAAAGAGAGCUGAAAGUCUAAAUUUGAGACGAUUGGUGGCUUCCAAUCACCUUGCAAAGGCUAAAUUUGAUUUGAUGCAUGUGCAAAGACCUUUACUAUCAUUUGGUCCUAAAGCUUCCAUGAAGCUCAGAACAUGCCCAAUUAAUGUUUGCAAGGAAUUGAGGUUAUGUUCUCAUUUGAUUAGCGAAUUUGGAUCUGAAAGUUCUACAAUGACGACAGAUGGUGCUUUUAGUACUGCUUGGCUUAAGAAUUUACAAAAGCCAUUGGGUUCAAUGGUUUUGUCCCAAGAUGUAGGAUCUGGGAGCAAUACUAAUGCUUUCCAGUUUUGUGCACAACCAAGUUCAAUUCCUAGAUCUGUAUUGCAAUUAAUUGGCUCUUCAUACUUGCUCCGAGCCACAACAUGGGAGAUAUAUGGCAGUGCCCCACUUGCUCGAAUAAAUGCGCUGGUUUAUGCAACUUGCUUUACUGAUGCUUUGAGUUCAUCUGAUGCAGCAUUGGCAUAUGUGAAGCUUAUCCAACAUUUAGCAGUUUUUAGAGGAUACAAAGAGGCAUUUGCUGCUCUUAAAAUAGCAGAGGAGAAGUUUUUGUCUCUAUCCAGAUCACGAAUCUUGCUACUAAAGUUGCAACUGCUCCAUGAGCAUACUUUACAUCGAGGGCAUCUGAAGCUGGCGCAGAAAGUAUGUGAUGAACUUGGAGUUCUAGCAUCAUCUGUCCCUGGUGUGGAUAUGGAGCUGAAGACAGAAGCAAGCCUUCGCCAUGUUCGUACAUUGCUUGCUGCAAACCAAUUCAGUGAGGCAGCAGCGGUAGCACACUCCCUCUUUUGCAUGUGUUACCAAUUUAAUCUGCAGGUUGAGAAUGCCACAGUUCUUCUUUUGCUUGCUGAAAUCCACAAGCGAUCAGGAAAUGCUGUUUUAGGUCUACCGUAUGCAUUAGCAAGCCUCUCGUUUUGCCAGUCAUUUAAUUUAGAUCUUCUCAAAGCAUCAGCCACUCUUACAUUGGCUGAGUUGUGGCUUUCACUUGGAUCAAACCAUGCAAAAAGAGCUAUAAGCCUUGUACACGGGGCUUUUCCUAUGAUUCUUGGUCAUGGAGGUUUGGAGCUUCGUGCUCGAGCUUAUAUUGCAGAAGCAAAAUGCUACCUGUCUGAUCCAAGCUUUUCAGUUGCUGAGAAUUCUGAGGUGGUGCUAGAUCCUUUGAGACAAGCUUCUGUUGAGCUUCAAGUAUUGGAGUAUCACGAAUUGGCGGCUGAGGCUUUCUAUUUGAUGUCCAUCGUAUAUCACAAACUGGGGCAACUGGAGGAAAGGGAAGAAGCUGCAGCUUCAUUCAAGAAACACAUCAUGGCUCUUGAGAAUCCUCAAGGUGAGGAAGAUCCUCUGUAUAAUAUGUUAUGAAGGAAACCGGACUUAUUUAUGCAUCUUAAAAAGCCAAAUUUCUAAUACUUUGUAGUUCAUAGAUUUGUAUAAAAUUUAAUUUAAAAAUCCUGCCAAUCUUUAAAUAAUUCUCUCUGAAAUUUCUCUUCCAUAGUAUAUGGAAUCAACAGUUUUCUUGUAUAAUACUCAUAAAUUAAAAAAAGAUAAAAAAUUAUCGAACCCUCAUAAAUAUAUAAGUUAUCCUGUUAGAAUUUUCUUGGCAAAUACAUGUGAAAUUAUAUAUAUAUUAGCAUGCCUGUUGUGGGUUUGGGCAUUACACAGACCAUUCCAACCAUUAUGAUGUUGAGCAGA